AUGGCCGGCAUAAAGAGGUUCUUCCAGGACAAGACAACCCGUCCCGCGACAAGCCUCGGACUGGAGGGCUGUCACAUGGACGAUCCAAAUUAUGGUAUGGCGAUUGACUCGCCUGCACGAAGCCAGUUUGAAGGGUUCCCAUCUAGAGAUUCACAGUCACUAGAUGUGGCUCAUCACUUCGAGCAAAUCGAAAAGCAAUUCGUGGAUCUACAUGAUCGUCUCGACCGACCAACGUCUUCUCAAUCGCAAUUGCCGCCCACUCGUUACGCAACCCCCAAAAUUCAGAAUGGCCGAUAUGUGGACUUGAUGGAUGCCCUAAGUACCUCGGAACGCUCCCGGGCGACCACUCCCGAACCACUUUCUCCUCCAUUGGCCAGUCCAUACAACGAAGAUGUCGCAGAGCGCAACAUGACUCGGUUUCUCCGCAUACAAUACAAGAAGGGAUUUUCCAGUUCUCGCAUCUUAUCGGCGUUGUAUCAAGAGGAUGUCGCGGACCGAAAUAUUGCAAAAUAUAGCAGUUCCGGCCGCACCAUGUCCGGAUUGAGUUGUCAGUCGUCUCCAGCUGCGCCGGGCAGAGUCCGACUACCCGAAGGCCAGAAGCGUAAGCCCAAGAGAAACCCUGCAGGGAGACCAACCUGGGCUUCAGCAGAGAAUCUGCGGACAGGCCCUGACGACAAAGGUCCGGAUCCUUCUCCGCGAGCGAACUCCGACCUGGGUAGUUCUUUGAGACCACAGAAAUCGGCACCCAUUCUAUGUGCAGAAGAGGGCUUCAUUCCCCAAGAAGCAGCACCACCUAGUCCCGUUCAGCGGCUGGGGGUUCCUCCUGCGCACAAGCAGGGCAAACGAUGGAGCAACACGCCUCUGCCUGAUAGUCCGACGAUCCCCAUCCCCAUGGGAGAUAAAAGUCCGACUGCCGAGGCCCCUUCAGUACCCCGGCCAUUUUCUUCAGUAUCUCGCAAUGCAUCAUUGCCCCCGAGAUCCCAGUCUCCCCAGCCUUCGGGGCCGGUAUCCAAAAAGAACGCCCGAGGUCUCUCGAUCAACACUCAAUUGGCAGCCAAGGGAACCCCGAAGAUCGUACAUCGUGCUAUCCAGCCACCCACUCCUUCAACAAACAACAUGAAACGACCUCCCAGCAUCGCGGAAGUGAUGAGCAGUCCCCUGCCCAUCGCCAGCCCAAUUAGCCCUCCAAGGUCAUCUGCACGGGUCAGAGCCUCGGAAUUAAUGAACUUGUUCACCAAGACUUAUACGUCUGCCCACGGAACCCAUCCAACAUACGAGUCUCUCCACGAUGCCAUCGUUCGUGAGGUCAACUCCCACGAGGCAUUCCAGCGUGUUCCCCUGCCGAUACCAGGACCUCCAUUCACGCCCUCUGCCGAGAAGAUCGAACUCGUCAAUGCCUCUCGAAAGGCCCUAGGACUGAACCGGAGCUCCUCAACCGCAAGCCGAAUGAGCAAACCAUUCAUGAAGCACAAGAGAUCCGCAGAGUCCCGCCGCAGCAUCUCAAGCUCCGUUGGCUACGACCGACUGCUCAAGAAGGUCGCCGGCUCCCCAGCUCCUCGCCGCCACACCGACGCACCACUUCCCUCCCCGGCCUUCCUUGCAGACAUCAAAACCAAGCAAUCCGCCGCCUCCUCCCUCGCAGCCGGAGAGCCCAUUACCUACAUGGACGUCUUGCGCGCAAGCAGCGAACAACAACCUGUCCAAGCCCCCUUGUGCACCGGCCCAACUAUCCCACGCAAGCGAGACCGCUCCGAUUCCACCAGCAACAUCACUGCCCCUCCCCACCCCAAGCCUGAUAUUGAUAUCUCCCUCGCCCCGAAAACAAUCUACUGCAUGCAAGCGCACUCAUCACCGUCUCCACAUGAAGAUGACGACGACGAUAUCAUCCACCUGCCCAGCCUGUUAACUCCGCGCGUGCAGAUCGAGGGCGUCGACGAAAACAACAUUCGCUACGUGAUCGAUGCUUCUUCUGCAGAAGAGGCCCAGAAGCUCAUGUACUGGCCUCAUCGCAUUAAAGGGGGCGUAGGCUCCGGCUCAAAGGUCUGUGGAACUAGUCUUUCGCCGCUAUCCCGUGCUCGUAUGCAACUUCGUGGCUCGCGGUCUGUGGAGACUUAUUAG